AUCCCCGAACCACGCGUCGCGCUCUAGUGUAGAUUUAAACUACGGACACAUAUGCGAGUAAAUGAACAAAACAUUCGAGGCUCCAGAAGCGCAGCUGCUCAGAAGAAAGAGACAUUUCGAGUUUUAAUGAACACGUUUAUGUUCUUUUAGAAUAACUGUCAGAUAUGGAAAAUGAUUAACAGAAGUUUUGCCAGCUUCCGUCAAACUUGGAUAAGUUGAAGUUGAACAUGUCUGCAGAUGGUCAGAUCAUGGACUCAUCAUCUCGAACGCUGGAAAAACUGGAAAAUAAAAAUAAUAAGAACGGGUCAGUAAAGCAGGUGGAUGGAUGCGUGCCCUUUUCUCAUCAAGUGGCUGGACAUAAAUGCGGAAUCAAUAACACUGGUGUUCUGCAGCAUCCUGAUGGAACGAUCCUGAAACAGCUACAAGCUCCUCCGAGAGGCCCGCGAGAGAUGAACUUCUACACACAGGUAUUUGCUAAGGACUGUACAGAUAAAAGGCUAUUGGAUUUGCAACAACAUCUUCCCAAGUUUUAUGGCACAUGGAUGCCACGAGAGUCACAUGAGCUGUAUCUGAAACUGGAGGAUGUUACGCGGAGGUUCUUACGACCCUGCAUCAUGGAUGUGAAGAUCGGGAGGAGAAGUUAUGACCCGUUUGCAUCAAAAGAAAAACGUGAAGAGCAGAUUAGCAAGUAUCCUCUGAUGGAAGAGAUCGGGUUCCUGUUAUUGGGCAUGAGGGUGUACCAGAUCCACUCAGACAGUUACAUCACUCAUGACCAGUUCUAUGGGCGCAGUCUCAGAAAGGACACUUUAAAAAAUGGCCUGAGCAGAUUCUUCCACAAUGGUCAAGAACUACAGAGGCAUGCAGUUUCUCUCAUCAUCUCCAAAGUCCGCCGCAUUCUCCGCUGGUUUGAGAGCCAGACCCAGCUGCAUUUCUACGCCAGCUCUCUGCUGCUGGUGUAUGAGGGCUCUCCUCACACAAUCAAUACAUCCAAACACAAGCCAGCUGAUCCAGCAACAGGACAUCAGCAGGGGGAGCCACAGAGCAAGGCUUUGAGCUUUCAGAGCAGUUUAACACACAGUCAUCCGUACUGCCACAACAUUGAGGGGAACACCAACGGAAAACAUGGAGCAAGUGAAGAAAAGAAAGCAAAGGAAAUUGGAAUGGGGGAUAAGAAGCAGUUUGGACAGGAGGAGGCAGUGGAGGUGAAGAUGAUCGAUUUUGCUCAUGUAUUUCAAAGCGACAGUCCGGAUGAGAGCUACAUGUACGGACUCAGGAACCUUCUCUCAACUUUAGAACAAAUACUGAAGGACUGACAUCUGUCCAUCUCUCUCUUCACUGGUUGGAUGUUUCUGACCGUUGUUUUAAAGCCAGUGCAGAUCAUUUCACACACAUACACAAACAUUGCCAAUGCCUUAAUUUGGACGAUAGUUUUGUAAUAUAUUUAUAGGGAUAAUUUUCUUAAUCUUUUGAGAUAAAAGGGUUCAUUGUAUUAUGAAAACAUACUGUAACUUUCAUAACUUAAGACUCUGGAUAAGAAAGGCUGUCACUGUUUGCUGUCAACAACUAAACAUUUACUAAAAAUAGGUACUGUAGAACUCAGGGAAAAAUAAUCUUAAAUUAUGAUAUGAUAAAGCAGUUCAUCUGUGCUGUCAAGACACGUACAAUGUAAGUUACUGAUGUCACAUAAUGACUCCACUUCUGAUGCAACUAUUGAUGUUUUUAUUCAAAAAAAUGCGCUUUGAUUCCAAAGUAAAUUAUUGUUAGAUUUAUUUUUAACAUUUAUAUUUACCUUAUCACUGUCAAAAAUGUCCACAUUGGUGUGAAUUUUAGAAAAGUAAUGUAUUUUAUUUGUAUGAAUAUUUAAAAAUAAAUUUGGCUGAUUUAAAUCUGUAAAAACAAUGCAUUCAAAUUAUAUUAUAUUGAAUUACAUUAGUAAAUUUAUUUAAGAACUGUAAUUGUCUGAAAA